AUGCCGCUAUUGUCUCCGAAAAAACCGAGGAGGCACACUCUACAGCGAGGCUGCCUUGAGGUGACGUCAACGGAACUGUUCAAGUGUGGUCGAUGCGGCCAUACUACUAACCACCGCGGUAACCACCUAGAGCAUCUCCGCAUCAAACGCCCGUGCCCGGAAAUGGAGAAGCCAACGAUGUACGAGUGCAAAUACCACGGCCCGACGAGUCUUGAUAGGGAAGAACAUAUUACCCAUUUAAAGGACUCUUCUUCACACCGGCAGGUAUAUGAUGAUAAAUAGAGUUGCGUUCGGGACUUGUGUACCCACGGUGGUGCUGUAUCGUAGUUGCAUAGAGUGAGGGUGAGGGCAAGGUUGUGGUAAAACACAACGGAGACGGGAGGAUAGGCUGGUACAGUUGUGAGUUGAGCUGGUUUGUGUCCGGGUGCACCGGUAAUCCGGUAGUCUCUACGUGUCCGGGCGAGUCCCGGGCCGAGAGCUUGGAACGGCCUGGAACUGGAGCCGAUCGUGUGGGUCACGGCACGGCAUGGCCCGGGCUCACUGUGGUUUUUCCCUCAGCUUUUGAUGCCCAGUUGUUCUUUUGGAUUUCUUCCCGCCCUCUUCUCAGCUGAUAUGGGACUUGGUUCCUCUGCACCUGGGUUCUGUUGGAUUUUAGCG